AUAACAACUCAUCAUCUCACCACAAACACACACCACAAAUCAAGAAAAUCCAUAUUCCAUCUCAAUCAAACACAUAAUAUAACCUCAUCAUCUCUCCUUAUCUUUCUUGAUCCCAACUUUUCACUUAUCCAGUUAGAGAAGUAACAAGAAUAGUCAAAAGCAAGACAAUGGCCAGUGUAACCUCUGCUGCAGUUACUAUCCCAUCUUUCACUGGCCUUAAAUCCGGUACAUCUUCCAAAAUUAGCAAUGUAGCCAAAAUGGUGUCCACCAACCAAACAUCAAAAAUGGUAGUAAAGGCUUCACUAAAAGAUGUAGGUGCAGUUAUUGUUGCUACAGCUGCAAGUGCAAUACUAGCUAGUAAUGCCUUAGCUAUUGAAGUAUUGCUUGGUGGCGAUGAUGGCAGUCUUGCUUUUGUUCCUGGAAACUUCAGCGUUAGCGCCGGUGAGAAAAUUACAUUCAAGAAUAAUGCAGGGUUCCCACACAACGUUGUAUUUGAUGAAGAUGAAAUUCCAGCUGGUGUUGAUGCUUCUAAGAUUUCAAUGUCUGAAGAGGACCUUCUCAAUGCACCAGGGGAGACUUACUCUGUCACUUUGAGUGAGAAAGGAACCUACAGUUUUUACUGUUCACCUCACCAGGGAGCUGGAAUGGUUGGCAAAGUUACUGUUAACUAAUUGUAGUUAGCCUCUUUAUCAUGUGUAAUAGUAGUUAACUUGUUUCUAUUCAAAUCUCCUGAAUCUUUUACUGUAUGUCUUUUUGAGGAUAUAAUCAUAAGUUCGUGGAGUUACAUAGUUCUUUA